CAAAUUGUAUGACAUUCAUUUUUUAUUCGAGCUUUCUCAUCCGAGACGUACUUAUACCCUGAUCUACCUGAUAUUUUCUAUUCAAAGCGCGAUAUCUGCAAAGCGGCAUAAGAUCGAAAAAAUAUCACGGAGUUAAUACAAACAUGGCUAAUUUCAUUUUGAGUGUGGUCUGUACAGUGGUUCUGCUGCAACUGGUGCAAAGUUAUCGGGAUUUCCAAAGCAAUAUUCCAAAUGGUGUCAAAGUCCCCAAUCCUUGUAGCCCAACCGAAUUUUGGGAGGGGGUCGGGCAUCUAGUAAAGGGUGGUGGAGGACCUAGAAACCCAUUCGGAGUCCUCUUUAAGGAGCAAGGAUACACGUGGACAAAGACGGUUUGUAAUGCAGACUCGGACAUGGACGGCAGAACAAAUGGUGAGGAACUUGGGGACCCUAACUGCGACUGGAAAAAAGGGGAAACUCCUGAAUAUAGCACCGGGCUGUCACACCCAGGUAUCUGUGAACCUUAUGAUUCGGAGGAUUGCAAGGACGUCAACUCCUUCCUAGAUUGUUCGGAAUUCAAAUGUGAUUCUAUUGACGAAGAUACAUUUUCCUAUGACGUCCGCCUUACAACUUCCUCUGUUCCGGCCGAGAAGACGACGUACAUAUGCCAGGUGUUAGACCUUCCGUCAGACGGGGAUUACCACUUAGUAGCCACCACACCUUUUAUUGACAACAAGAAUGUUAUGCAUCAUGCAAUUGUCUACGGUUGCUCUGACAGUGCAAACAUCGAGCCACGUCACCUUUCGGCGUCUCAGUGCUUUAUGAGCAGGAUCGAUGGCUGUGAUGAUAUUAUAGCUAUCUGGGCAAUAGGGGGCACUGGAGUCUGCUACCAUAAGAACGCUGGGUUUAGGGUUGGAAAAAAUGGCUAUAAGAGAGCAGUGUUAGAGUUACACUGGAAUAACCUAAUGGAGACGGAGGGUUAUACCGAUGGGUCUGGAAUAACCCUUCACUUAACACCAAAUCUAAAGCCAUACGACGCUGGUAUGAUGUUGAUUGGACAGAUGUUACUAGGAAUACCACCCAGGACACCACAUCACACUGAAAACUCUACAUGUAGCUCAGAAUGCACUAAAAGAAAAAUGACAGGCAAUAUAAACGUCGUUGGAGCGUUAAAUCAUAUGCAUUACCUAGGUUCCUCCGUCACGUCUCAGAUGGUAUCAGAGGACGGAGAUGUGACAAUAUUAUCUCACGAAAAGGAUUUCAGCUUUGAUUCUCCUAAAUUUGUUAGUUUUGAAGAGCCGCUAAUCAUGGAUCCAGGGUACAAACUGCAGCUUGCGUGUCACUAUGAUUCAACAGGUCGCGAUUCUACAACGUUUUAUGGAGAGGGCGCUUUUGAAGAGAUGUGCUUUGCAUUUAUUAUGUAUUACCCCAAAGAAAACUUCAAUGGAAGUUGUGUGUCAAGAGGGACAUAUGAUGAAUGUGGAGUUUCUACGAUGGGAAAGGAUGAUUGUGAUUUGGAGGCACUCGGCAAUAAUUCAGAUCCUGUAAAUGCAGCAAGGAAUGCACGACUCUAUGGUAACUGUAUACCAGGCAUUUGCCAAGAGGGAUGUUUGGAUGUUGUACGCGAAAUAUUCAAGGAGCCAUGCUUUCAGGAGAAAUAUCAGAAAGAUAUAAAGGCCUCAAUGGGGUACGGUGAUGACGCCACAAAAUUGGCCAUCAUGGACUAUUUCUACCGAAUGGAUUCAUGCAACGCUGAACUAGCAAAAGAGCAGUGUGGUUCAACAUGGCCAACGACACCAACAACAGCUAGCGCUGUUAGUACAAACAUGGCGUCGUCUGCUUUUAUUGUCUUUUUUGCUGUCGUCAUUUCUUACAUGUAAUCUCAUUUCAACAGACUUUAAUAUCCAGCUUUGAAGAUUUUUUUUCUAUGGCAGUGUCAGUGCCUUCUAAAACUCUGUUGGACAUAUUUUGAACCAGCUUUCCUGGAAGUGUUUAUGUGUUUACUUUGAUAAUCUUACCUGCAAACGAACUACACAUUUUUACUGUUUGACAUAUAGCAAUACACUAAGUAGCUGAUCCUAUGCUAUGUGAAAUUGCAUUGAUGUAUUUCAUUACUUAAUUUAUCAAAACAGUUAAAAAACUUACUAAAUCGGGGAGGAACUUUCUGUGGACACAGGACACACCAGCGACAUCUUCCUAAGUCGGUAAAUUAUAUUUUCUUGAACAACAUUGUCAAUGCUAAAAAGGAAACCAUGACAUUUUUAAAGUGCGAAUAUUUCAUGAUGAAGAACCAUCAGAUUGUCAAGCAAAGACCUACAGCGUGAUUUCAGAAAGAUAUUGCAAUGAAGUUGAGGACAAAGUGCUCUACAAUGUAAAAACCUCUUAAAAAAACUCUCCGAAUCCGCUAUUAUUUCAUUUGGCAAUGUAAGUCUUAUUAAUAGCAUAUCUCAGCUUUCAAAAGCAUCCAGGAAAUGAACUAUACCAGUAUUUGCAUUGUUAAUUUGUAUUUUGUAAACGAUUUAGCUCUCCCUGGUAGAGAAAAGUAGAAAACCUACCAUUUCGGUCACUCGAUUAACGUAGUAAGCCUUGCAUAAAAGACAUUUAUUUGAAGCAAAUUUUAAAGGGCAAAUCAAACACAUGUGAAUAUAUCCAAACUGAUUUUGUUAUGCAAAAAGGUAUGAUAUUGUGUCACAAACCGUUUAUCAGUUCUACGAAACAACACCCACUGGUCCUAUGAAAUUUGCUGUUUAUUAAUAACGCGUAUGUAGAUUUUUUCUCAAUGAAUAAAACUAAAACCUGCAAAUAAAUGAUGAAAGUGGUUUAGAUCUUUUCUCCUUUUCUCAAUACAGUUAACAAUAUCAGAUUCAAAACAACAUUUUGAUGCAAGGCGUCAAAGACAUCGUAUUUUUGUUAAAUAAUAAUGUUUUGUUUUAGAUAUUUUGUUGAAAUAUAUAAAUAUAACUAUUUUUCGUUAAAAUGGUUAUAUAUUUGCUCAGGAAAUUUUAAAGCGUCAUAAUACUUUUUUUCACAAUGUGGUUGCCAUAUUUUCACAAUGUGGUUGUCAUAUUUUCAUAAUGUAGUUGACAUUUUGUUCAUAAUGUGGUUGCCAUUUGUUGUUACAGACAUAAAAUAUUCAAUAUUUUUCUCAAAUCUUAGUUUUCAGUGAAUGUUUUCUCAUCUAUUUCUGAAAUGCUUUAAUACUGACUAAUAAAGAAGACAGAAUUA